GGCGUCGGCGGCGGCCGGGAGGCUGAGGCGGCUGAGGUGGCUGAGGUGGCCGCUGGGGCUCGGGCGGCGGGCGCGGCCGGGAUGGCGAAGAGCAGCGGAGAGAAUGGGCCGCGCGCGCCCGCGGCCGCGGGGAGCCUCUCCGGGACCCGAGAGAGCCUGGCCCAGGGCCCCGACGCCGCAGCCGCGGACGAGCUCAGCUCUCUCGGCUCCGACUCGGAGGCCAACGGCUUCGCCGAGCGCCGCAUCGACAAGUUCGGCUUCAUCGUGGGCUCUCAAGGCGUGGAGGGCGCGCUGGAGGAGGUCCCCCUGGAGGUGCUGAGGCAGAGGGAGUCCAAGUGGCUGGACAUGCUCAACAACUGGGACAAAUGGAUGGCCAAGAAGCACAAAAAGAUCCGCUUGCGGUGCCAGAAGGGCAUCCCACCUUCUCUGCGGGGCCGUGCGUGGCAGUACCUGUCAGGAGGCAAGGUGAAGCUACAGCAGAACCCAGGAAAGUUUGACGAGCUGGACAUGUCCCCUGGGGACCCCAAGUGGCUGGAUGUGAUUGAACGUGACCUGCACCGGCAGUUCCCUUUCCAUGAGAUGUUUGUGUCCCGGGGGGGCCACGGCCAGCAGGACCUGUUCCGCGUGCUGAAGGCCUACACGCUCUAUCGGCCAGAGGAGGGCUACUGCCAGGCCCAGGCACCCAUCGCUGCUGUCCUGCUCAUGCACAUGCCGGCUGAGCAAGCCUUCUGGUGCCUGGUACAGAUCUGUGAGAAGUACCUGCCCGGCUACUACAGUGAGAAGCUGGAAGCGAUCCAGCUGGACGGAGAAAUCCUGUUCUCGCUGCUGCAGAAGGUGUCGCCGGUGGCCCACAAGCACCUGAGCCGCCAGAAGAUCGACCCUCUGCUCUACAUGACCGAGUGGUUCAUGUGCGCCUUCGCCCGCACCCUGCCCUGGAGCUCCGUGCUUCGCGUCUGGGACAUGUUCUUCUGCGAAGGAGUCAAGAUCAUCUUCCGGGUCGGGCUGGUGCUGCUGAAACACGCACUGGGCUCCCCUGAGAAGCUCAAAGCCUGCCAGGGCCAGUACGAGACGAUCGAGCGACUGCGGAGCCUCAGCCCCAAGAUCAUGCAGGAGGCCUUCCUGGUCCAGGAGAUAGUGGAGCUGCCCGUGACCGAGCGCCAGAUUGAGCGGGAGCACCUCAUUCAGCUGCGGCGCUGGCAAGAAACCCGGGGUGAGCUUCAGUGCCGCUCCCCGCCCCGGCUGCACGGCGCCAAGGCCAUCCUGGAUGCAGAGCCCGGUCCCCGGCCCGCCCUGCAGCCUUCGCCAUCCAUCCGUCUGCCUCCGGACGCCCCCCUCCCCGGCUCCAAAGCCAAGCCCAAGCCACCCAAGGAGACCCAGAAGGAGCAGCGGAAGCGGACAAAGGCGAGUGGGCAGCUGGACAAGCCCCCAGCCCCAAAUCAAGCCGCUGCAGGAGAUGCACGUCCCCCACAGGACGCACCCCCAAAGGAUCUGGCCCCACAGGAGCCAGCCCCCCAGGACUUGGCUCCCCAGGAUUCAACACAUCACCGCUCCCAGGAGAGCCUGACAUCCCAGGAGAGUGAAGACACCUACUUGUAACCCCGGCAGCUCCGGCCUCCGGGGCGGGGUCUCCACACUGCUACACGGUUCACGGACGGACACUCCAGGGCCUGCCCACCCUCCUAGGGACCAGCCUCCUGGCUGCUGCACUGGGAUAGAGUCUGGCAGGCCCAGCACAGAUUCUGCCUGAGCCUCCUUAUUUAUUUUCUCUAGAGUUGGAGCUCGGGCUGGCCCAGCCAGUGCAGGCCAAAGCUAGGGCCAAGUGGGUGGGCCCCACUCAGCCCCGCCUCCUGGGGGGGUUGCUCCCAGGGCUAGGGCUCUGCCGUGAGGGGAGAGGGUGGGGUGCUCUUUGUGUAAAAUAGAAACAUGGUUUUGUACAAAACAGAAAUAAACAGCUUGUGUAGAGA